AUGACGGCCACCACCUUCAACCUCCAGUCCAAGUUCAAGCUCAACAGUGGAUACGAAAUCCCGCUGCUCGGCUUUGGUAUCGAUUCGGCUGCCUCGUAUGGCAACGAGGCUGGCUGCGCCGAGUCUAUCCGUGCCUCCGGCAUCCCGCGCUCCGAGAUCUUCCUGACCUCCAAGGUGCCCUGGAAGAGCGUCAACUACGAGGCGGCCAAGGCGCAGGUCGAUAAGACCCUCGCCGAGACGGGUCUCGAGUAUAUCGACCUGAUCCUGCUGCACGCCCCAUACGGCGGCUCCGGCAACCGCAAGGGCGCGUGGCGCGCGCUCGUCGAGGCGGUUGAGGCGGGCAAGGUGCGCAGCAUCGGCGUUUCCAACUACGGAGUGCACCACCUCGACGAGCUGGAGCAGCACAUCAAGGAGCUCGAGGAGGAGCGUGGCGGCAGGGGCAAGGGCGGCGUGCUGUCAGUCGGCCAGUGGGAGAUGCACCCUUGGUGCGCGCGCAACGAUAUUGGCGAGUGGUGCAAGAAGCGCGGCGUCGCCGUUGAGGCGUACAGCCCGCUCGUGCAGGGCAAGCGCUGGGGGGACAAGUCGCUCAAGUCGCUGGCGGACAAGUACGGCGUGUCCGAGGCGCAGGUGCUGAUCCGCUGGAGUCUGCAGAAGGGCUACGUGCCGCUGCCCAAAAGUGUCACGCCGAAGCGCAUUGCAGACAACGCGGCCGUGUACGGCUUCAGCCUGACUGCGGACGAGAUGAAGCAGCUCGAGACGGACGAGUAUAGCCCUGUUUGCUGGGACCCGUGCUCGACCCCUCUUGAUAACCCCCGUGAGGCUUAA